UUUUGAUAAUACCCCAUACAAAAUUUUUGGAUCCCUGCGCGACGCCGUUCAAAGCUCUGUCAUCCUCACGCAAAAUGGGCAAAGCGCAGAAGGUCAAGCGCAAUGGCAGCGCAAACUCGCCUUAUAAGAAGCCAGAUCCGAGUAUUCCGCCUUCUCUCUUCAAGUUCAACACCAACAUCGGUCAGCACAUUCUGAAAAAUGUCAGUAUCGCUGAUGCUAUCGUCGCCAAGGCGAAUCUUCAACCCACCGAUACGGUCCUCGAAAUCGGUCCAGGAACGGGUAUCCUGACGACUCGAAUUCUCGAAAAGGCGAAGAAGGUCGUUGCUGUGGAACUGGACCCCAGAAUGGCGGCUGAACUUACUACUCGAGUACAAGGGACGCCUUUGCAGUCGAAACUUCAAAUCGUCUUGGGAGACUUUGCGAAGACUGAUCUGACCAAACUGCCCUUGUGCAACAUUUGCAUUAGUAACACGCCAUAUCAGAUUUCUUCGCUGCUAGUGUUCAAGCUCCUUUCUUCCCCGCAUCCCCCGCAGAUGAGCGUUCUCAUGGUGCAGCGCGAGUUUGCCCUUCGGUUAAUCGCACGACCAGGAGACUCCCUAUAUUCCCGUCUCUCCGUUAAUGCCCAGUUCUUCGCUCGCAUCUCUCAUGUCAUGAAGGUCGGCAAAGGCAACUUCACGCCGCCUCCGCAGGUCGAGUCUAGUGUCGUCAAGAUCGAGCCCAAGCAGGAUCGACCAGCGAUUAGUUGGGAUGAGUGGGAUGGCAUGCUUCGCAUCUGUUUCGUACGAAAGAACAAGACGCUACGUGCAAGCUGGACGGCAUCUAAGGUGCGCGCUUUAAUCGAAAAGAAUUGGAUUACGUGGGCUGCCAUGUAUCCUGAAAAUGUUUCCGAAGCGGACACGGACUUCCUUCUUGGAAAGGUGCAAAUCGGGGACAUGGAUGUUGAGGAGGAUAAGGAUAUGGAUAUGGACGAAACACCGGAAUCACUGGACGACGAUCUAGAUUUCUUCUCCACCAGCACGGGCAAUAACACCCUCAGCAGUGCAGGAACAAAGGCUGCCAGCGGAUCCCAAGUGGCUGUUGGCAAACUUCAAGUCCCGCGAGUUAUGGUGACGAAAUUAAUACAGCACAAGAUCCAGCGAAUCUUGGACUCAACUGGACUUUCGAGCAGCCGUGCGACGAAAUGCGAUGAGAACGACUUCCUCCGGCUUCUUUACGCCUGCAACGCAGAAGGCAUACACUUCUCAUAGGAGACUGAUUCUACUUUGAGUCUUCGCGACCAGUGAGUCGACCGGAGUCAUUGGUUACCAUUAGGACCGUCGUGUUGGGCGAUGGUAUUGCAAAGGAUUCCUCGCGGAGAGUCUCAUAAGUCUGUUCUCGACUCCACUCAUCGAGUCCUCUCUCGCAUACUGUUGCCAAGGCUACAUUCACGGACAAAAUAGAAUAGCGCUAUUCGC